CGGCUCCAGGCUGUGAGCUGUCAGCACAGAGCCCCAUGCGGGUCUUGAACCCACAAACUGAGAGAUCAUGACCUGAGCGGAAGUCGGAAGCUUAACUGAUGGAGCCACCCAGGAGCCCCAAAUGAGUCUUUAAAUGAGAAUAGGAUGUUCUGGGCCUGUGAGGGAGAAAACCAUUCAGACUGCUGAAAACAGCAUGGGCAAAGGGUGAACGGUCUGCUGCCUGCUGCCGUGUAGGUGCAACAUAGUCUAUCUUUUGACAGCUCCGAUUCUCUCUAAAGAGAAGUGUUACUGUAUACUGAACUCUCCUGGCAACCUGGGCAGUCCACCCGCCUAGGCUUUCCUUCUUUGAAUGCGUGUUAUGUGCUGGGCAACAAGUAAAUACAAAAAUUGAGGAUACAGUAAUGAAUAAGACUCUUUAAUUUCCAUGAAGGAGUUACGUCUUGGUGGGCGACACAGACAUGAAACUAGCCAUAAAACAGCGUGGAUAUUAAGUGGUGCGAUAUGUUUUGGCAAAGUUCUGUGGGAGUGAAAGAGUCGAGAAGGGGCGCGUGGGUCGGUUAAGUGACUUGAUCACAGCUUAGGUCUUGAUCUCAGGGUCGUGUGAGUUUAAACCCCGUGUUGGGCUUUGUGCUGGGCAUGGAGCCUACUUUAAAAAAAAAAAAAAAAGAAAAAGUAGAGAAGCCUCGUAUAUUAGGAAAGAGGAAGAGAAUCAGACGUUGAAGGAAGAACUCAAGGAAAGCUUAGAUAUGCCAACAACAGCAAUUACAAAAAUGAUGUCAUGAUCAGAAAGGAGGCUUAUGUACACAAGAGUGUAAUGGAAGAACUGAAGAGAAUCAUUGACGACAGUGAAAUUACAAAAGAAGAUGAUGCUUUGUGGCCUCCCCCUGACAGAGUUGGCCGACAGGAACUUGAAAUUGUAAUUGGAGAUGAACACAUUUCUUUUACCACAUCAAAAAUAGGUUCUCUUAUUGAUGUAAAUCAGUCAAAGGAUCCUGAAGGCCUUCGAGUAUUUUACUACUUGGUACAGGACCUGAAAUGUUUAGUUUUUAGUCUUAUUGGAUUACAUUUCAAGAUUAAACCAAUCUAAGUUGUAUGUUUUUUUAAAAGCUGUUUUUAUAUUUAAUUAAGGGAUGGGUUUGUCACUUACAAUAUUGGGAUUUUUAUAAAUGUGAAACUCUUGUUUUGUAUGCCCACUGAAAAUAAGAAAAUACAUAAACAGGCUUAAUGGUUCUUCUCACUUGGGUCCAAGUGGUUUAGAUAGUCCUCACACGUAUUAAAUUCUGUAAAUGAAAGCAACUUUUUGUUGAGAUUUUGCUCCAAUAAAACAUAUCAAAGCCUG